CCCAGUCCGACCGAGCCAACAACGCGGCCCGCCCGCCGGGCCCCUCCCACCGUCUCGUCCUCCGCCCCGCCGCCUCCCCCCUCGUCUCCUCGCCUACGACGCAGAUCCCCUACUCGACCGCCUCCGCCUGAGCAGCCGUGCCCUCCCCCGCACCCCUCCCCCCACGCCCCGACGCUGCUCCGGUUCGCCGCCGACCGCAGCAGCCGAGCGAGCGAGCGAGAGGGAAGAUGCCCAAGCGGACGACCCACACGUACUCGAGCGAGGAUGCGCUGCCGGAGGGCCCCGAGUCCGACCUCUUCGUCUACUACUGCAAGCACUGCGCCUCCCACGUCCUCAUCACCGAUACCCUAUUGCAGAAAAUGCCAAAGAGGAAGACUGACAGAGCACAUGUUCUAGAUAAGACAAAGCAUCUUGCGAGGCUGAAUGUGAAAGAUGCAGGAAAAAUCUUGUUGAAACGUGGAGAAGGAAAACUCGAAAAGCAGUUCCGCAUGACCUGCGUGGGAUGCGACCUUUUUGUUUGCUACCGAUCGGAGGAAGAUUUGGAGCUUGCUCCUUAUAUAUAUGUUGUUGAUGGAGCACUGAGUUCUGUGGCGGCUGAGACAAAUCCACAUGAUGCUCCUGUACCCCCUUGCAUUACACAGUUGCAGGGUGGACUUGUCCAAGUUGCCAUUGAAGUAGAAGACCGAGCACAACGUUCAGCAAUAACAAGAGUGAACGCUGACGAUGUUCGAGUAGCAGUAGCUGCCCCUGCUGCUCGGGGGGAGGCCAACAACGAGUUGCUAGAAUUUAUGGGCAAGGUGCUUGGCUUAAGAUUGAGUCAGAUGACCCUUCAAAGGGGAUGGAAUAAUAAAUCAAAGCUUCUGAUUGUUGAGGAUUUGUCUGCACGACAAGUUUAUGAGAAGCUCCUAGAAGCUGUCCAACCGUAGAAUACCGACUUCAGUUGCAGCAGCCUCUACUCUUAUCUGGAAGGAAAAUGACCUAAUGCCACCUGUAUUGGAUCUGCUGAAGAGAAGGCUCAGGCCAUAGAACCAGGUGUCAGAAGAUCAGAAGAUGCUAAGAGAGUCGAAAGGCUUCUUAACAGGACUAGUCCUGACUUCAGAGCAAGCAGCCAAUCUGUGCUGAAUUUGUUCAUUGUUUCUGUUGUAAUCUUGUAACCAUUACUGAGAUGGAGAUAUACAUCGAAGCAAAGCUCUGUGAGUUGUGAUGCAUACUGUUGCCCAUGUUCGUAUGAAACAUCCGACAUACACAUUUGAUUUUACUUUUAGCCAGAGCCUAUGGAUGAUUUCUCAUGUUCAAUGUUUGAAAUGAAUGAUUUCAUAUUU